CAUUUUGAGUGGCAGCAAAGCAGCAGCCGCAGCCGCAGCCGCAGCUGCAGCCGCUGCCGCUGCCGCCGGUUUGAAGUCGCACUCAUCCUUCAUCGAUGCAUCGGAGGCUGCACUGAAUCUGUCCAAGUGCUCGGGACUGAAUUUGAGCCACGAUGAUUACUUCUACGAUUACAAUGUAAAGUCGGAGCUGGAUUUGUCGGCUGGCGGCGGCGGUGGGGGCGGGAGAGGCGCCCGUAAAGCGGGCAGCAGCAGCAGCAGCAGCAGCGGUGGCAGCGCCGGCUUAGGCUUGCGCUUGCCCUUACCCAUAGCGAUGCCUAUGCUGCCGCUGCCCGCCCACCAGCACCAGACGCUGGCCACAGCACAGGCCAUACACAAUGAGAGCCGCGUGAGCUCCACACGCAACGACAGCGCCGCUGCCGAGGCAAAUCAUCAGCGGAGCUACGAUGAUCUCGAUGCCAGCUCGAUGCGUAGCGGCGACGAGGAUGCUGGCAAUGCCUCCGAUGAGGUGGAGGAACUGGAGGCCAUCGAUGCCGACUUUCCCUAUCCCAUCAUACUCGACUCGAAUUCGCCGGGCAGCGACAAUGGCGGCAGCGGCAGCGGCGACGCCCAGACGCCCGUCAGUGGACGCAAGCGACGUCGCGCUGCCGAAGCGGAAGAUCUGGAUGAUGAGGGCGACAUGGAUGGCGAUGACUAUGAGGAUCAAAUGCUGCAGCAGCAUCGCCACUUGCGCCAGCAGCAGAAUGUCACAGCCGGUGACCUGGAUAUGCCGCCGCCGCAGACGGUGCGCGAGGUGCUCAACUCCAAGUUCUGUGGCUUCAUCUCGGCCAAGCUGAACAGCAUGGAGGACUCGGAGGCCGAUAAUCUGAUGAAUCGCAUACUCCUGCUGGUGGUGCAAAUGCAACAGUGCGAGACACCCAAAUAGGCGRAGAAURUGGAAUCAAAUGUGGGUUUGGGGUUUCGGGUUGGGCUUGUGCUUGGGGUUCGGGUCGGGUCGGGAUUUUUAUACUAGUUUAUAAGCAGAGGAAGAGCUCAUUAUGGAUUAAUGCAGCUGCUCAAAGCAAAACGUUUUCUUGCCAUUUACCAAAAUGUUUCACAAAUCUGUACUCUCAAUAUGCCAUAAAUCAUAAAUCAUGCCAAAAUUGUGCCAUGCCAAAAAAGAAAAAAAAAAAGACGAAAAUAUAAGAAUUAAUGGAAGACUUCUUUAAAGCUAUAUCCCAAAAAGAAAAGAAAAUAAAGAGAAUGAAAUAUACAAUUGUAUGAACUCAAUGAAAAGACACAACAACAAAGACAAAGAUAGUUAGCCAUAUAUGAGAUUUAGUUUAUUAUAAACGUUAAUUUAGUUCUAAGUGGAUCUAACUAUAUAUACAUACAUAUAUACAUAUGUAAAUGUCUAUAUAUGUCUAUAUUAUAAAACUGUUUCAGUUUGAUUUCUAGCUCUCUUCAACAUUUUUUUUUAGUUCUACCUAUAUAUAUCUAUAUAUUAUCUUAGCCAACGUCUCAUCACAUGUUAUCUUAUAGUUUCUCUUCUUUUGAAGAUAGUUCUUAACUCCAAUCAUGAAGAGUACAAAACAAGAA